UUGCAUCACGACUCCAUCGCAAUCACCACCACCCAUCAUCUCCAACGCGCUGCCGUUGCAAACCCUGGGCAGCUUCCUCUCCCCUCCGUUACUCCGACCCUUAGCUCCGCGCUUCUCUUUUUGGCGUUCCGAGAUAGGUCAUCAGCUUCGGCGAAAGGCUCUUUCUUGUUUACUUGCGCCGCCCAAAGCCGACUGCUUCGACGGUGCAUAUCGCCAUCACAGCUCGAGUUCUCUCGAACCCCAACCCAAACCCUACACAUAUAUUGAGUUGGACUCUGUGUCCCAACGCGCCACACCAUGGGUGUCCCGAAAUUUUUCAGAUGGCUCUCGGAGCGAUACCCGCCCAUCUCCCAGCUCAUCGCUGAGAACAGAAUACCGGAGUUUGACUGCUUAUACCUCGACAUGAACGGCAUCAUUCACAACUGUACGCACAAGGAUGCGGGCGAGGACACGACCUUUAGGCUGAGCGAGGAGGAAAUGUUCAUCCGAAUAUUCAACUACAUUGAGCACCUAUUUGGCAAGAUCAAGCCGAAACAGCUCUUUUUCAUGGCCAUCGAUGGCGUCGCUCCGCGCGCCAAGAUGAAUCAGCAGCGAGCGCGUCGUUUCAGGACUGCCCUGGAUAACGAGAAGGCCCGUGAAAAGGCCAUUAAGGAGGGUGUGGAGAUGCCAAAGGAGGAACCCUUUGAUAGCAACUGUAUCACCCCAGGAACCGAGUUCAUGGCGAAGCUGUCACUGCAGCUGCGGUAUUUCGUCAACAAAAAGGUAUCAGAAGAUUCUGACUGGCAAGGGUGUGAAGUUGUGCUCUCCGGUCAUGAGGUACCUGGAGAAGGAGAGCACAAGAUCAUGGAAUACAUUCGAAACGCAAAGGCGCAGCCAAACUACAACCCCAACGUGCGACACUGUCUGUACGGACUCGACGCCGACCUCAUCAUGCUGGGUCUUCUCAGCCACGAUCCUCAUUUCUGCCUCUUACGCGAAGAGGUCACGUUCGGUCGCGCUUCUAAGGCCAAGUCCAAGGAGCUCGAGCAUCAAAAUUUCUACCUUCUCCACCUCUGCAUGGUGCGGGAAUACCUUGAAAUGGAGUUUCAGGAGCUGGGGAAAAAAGGGUCAUUGACUUUCGCCUUCGACUUGGAGAAGGUCAUCGACGACUUCAUCCUCAUGGCGUUCUUUGUCGGAAACGAUUUCUUGCCGAAUCUGCCGGGUCUUCACAUCAACGAAGGCGCUUUGGCAAACAUGUUUGUGACCUAUAAGAAGGUGUUGCCGACAUGUGAAGGGUAUAUUAACGAGAAUGGUGUCAUCAACAUGGCGCGUUUGCAGCGCCUUCUUGACCAGCUCAGCAAGCUGGAGCUAGUAUCGUUCGAGAACGACGUUGCUGACGAGAAGUGGUUUGCAGCAAAACAGAUGGAGAAGAAGCUCGAGGGCAGGAAUGGUGCAACUUCAAAGUCAUCCAAGAAUGGCCAACUUGUCAUCACCUCCUCCCAGCGCGACCUGUGGAAACACAAAAUCCGUCCCUACGUCUCAAAACGCUCCAAAGAGUCGCUGAACCUCGGUUCAAGCCUUAAGGCCGCCGAUCGCAAGUUCGUGCAGGACCUUGCCGACGCCAUGCACCUGGACUGGUCCACCAAGGAAGACGAGAACGCGGACCGGCAUCUCAUCUUGGCGUUUCCCGCCCGCCCUGACGCAGAUGAUGAGGAAGAGGAAGAGGAAGAGGGCAACCUGGCUGCCUACCGCGUCAUGAAGACUUACGACAAGGCCACCGUGGUCGACAUGACCGCAGAGGAUGCGCAAAAGCAGUACGAGCAGCUCUACCAAGACAAGUACCAGGGCUGGAAGACCAAAUAUUACCUGCAGAAAUUCCCUGAGUGGCCUGCCGAGAAGUACGCCGUCGAGCAGAAGGCGCUCUGCGAGAACUACGUUCAGGGCUUGCAGUGGGUGCUUUUCUACUACUACAGGGGUAUUGCCUCUUGGCCCUGGUUCUACGGAUACCACUACGCCCCCCUGAUCUCUGAUGUCACCAAGGGCCUCGGGGCUGAUCUCAACUUCAAGAAGGGGCAGCCAUUCAAGCCAUAUGAGCAACUCAUGGGCGUCCUGCCGGACAGGAGCAAGAAAAUCGUGCCCAAAAUCUAUCACGAUUUGAUGACAAACCCCAAUUCUCCCAUCAUCGACUUUUACCCUAGAGACUUUGAACUUGACAUGAACGGGAAGAAGAUGGAUUGGGAGGCCGUUGUGAAGAUCCCCUUCAUUGAUGAAAAGCGUCUGCUAGAUGCCAUGGCACCCAAGAACGAUCUCCUAGAGGACGACGAAAAGGCACGCAACGGUUUCGGAGUGCCCAUCAAGUUCACCUACUCAUCUGACGUCAACUUUACAUACCCAUCCUCGCUCCCGGGCAUAUUUCCCGAGAUCCAAAACUGCCGCUGCAUCGAAAAUAUAUUUGAUUUGCCCGACGUCGAAGGGCUCGAGUAUCUUUCUGGCCUUACGGAUGGCGCGUUGCUCAACAUAUCUGCUCUUGCUGGCUUUCCGACACUACACACUCUCCCUUACACCGCUCAGCUGGUUGAAGGUUAUGGUGUCAACGUCUUUCAGUCGGAAAGCAAGAACCCCAGUGUCGUUGUCACACUGACAGACACGAAGACGCGAACUAGUGUCGAGGCAUGGAAGGCCAAACUUGGCCAGAAAUGCUACGUUGGGUAUCCCUUCCUCCAAGAAGCCAAGGUGAUGAGAGUCCAGGACGAGCUCUUCAGCUAUGAGCUCGCUGAGGAUGGAAAGCAGCUCAUCACGAAAGAUCACUCCAACAGAGAAGCGUCCGAAUUUGCUAGGGAAGCCGAAUAUAUCGAGGGCUGGUACGGAAAACGCUUAGGCGUAACUAUCGGGCAGGUGGAAUGCCUCGUUUACGUGCACAUGCUCAAGGGCCUGAUCAAGACCGAGGAGGGUGCUCUGAUAAAGGAGUACGCCGAAAACCCCAGUCUACGGAGCAUAUACGCAUCUCAAACCAUUGUGUACGAGGUCGUCAACGAAGACGAGCGCUUCAUCGAAAAGGCGGCUCUGCCUAUCGAGGAGGAGUUCCCAAUCGGCACCCGGGCGUUCUUCCUGGGCGAAUAUGCCUACGGGCGUCCGCUUGAAAUCACUGGCCACGUCAGCGGCAAGACUGAAGUCGUCGUCUCACUGCCCAAGACGAAGGAGCCAGAUUUCGCCAAGGCCAUGAUCCACCAGGCGGAACGAAACAACCCAUACACACCGUCUUUUGCUGUCGCCAAGCAGCUUGGAGUGCACCCUCUUGUGCUGAGCAAGAUCACAUCAUCUUACCAGAUCCUCAACUCGGCUGGCUUAAAGCUCAAUCUGGGCUUGAACCUCAAAUUCGAGGGCCGCAAACUGAAGGUACUCGGCUAUUCCCGCAAGUCUCGCACGGGUUGGGAGUUUAGCGCUGCGGCCAUCAAGCUCAUUGCCGACUACAUGGUCGCGUUCCCAGACUUCUUCGCGGCGAUCCAGAAGGAGCCUCAAAGGAGCGAGAUCACGGACACGGACCUUUGGAAGGACCCGACCGUGGCGUCUCAGCGAGUUAAGGACAUCGUCGCCUGGCUGAAGAAACAGGAGACUAGCAAGUUUGAGCGGGUGCCCCUCGAAGCUGAGCAGCUUGAUUCUGAUGUGGUCAUGGCCCUUGCCGAUGCUGGCGAGCGAAUCUUCCAGGCGACGCAGGAUAUCGAUAUCCGCAAGAUGAAGGGUGUUCCUCGAGUGGCAAUUCUGAAGCCAUCCGAUGCGGAGCUGGUCCUCGGAAACCAGAGCUUCCAGCUUGGCGACCGCGUGACCUUUGCAGCCGCUGCAGGCAAGGUUCCCAUUGCGACGCGAGGCACCGUCGUUGGCAUCAGCCGCACGGCCACCGCGCUACUUCUAGACGUCCUGUGGGACACGUCUUUCAUGAGUGGCACCACUCUCGGUGACAGAGCGCCGAUGUUCCGCGGCCAGACGGUCGCGUCAUCCUCGGUUCUUAACACUUCGGACAAGCAGGUCGUCUCUGCCUCUAGCAGGUCGCAGCAGCGACGAGCUGCGCCGAACCAGACAACCGGAACGUACGGCUCGAUCGGCAUAACCCAGCUCAAGGACGCUCCAACUCCUCCUCCCCUGCGAGGCGGAUGGCGCGGUGCGAUGAACCCCGAUAGGAACUCGCCAGCUCGCCGCGGCAGCCCGAACGCUCGCGGUAGUAGUGCUCCCAACCUGCUACAUAGCACUCUUGUGUACCGCGGCGGCCCCAACGGCGCGCAGUCCCCAGGCCAGAACGCAAACGGGCAUGGCCGCGGGGGCAAUCAAACCGGCAGAGCUGGCGGCAGUGGCCGCGGUCGAGGUCGAGGCAACUUUGAGGGAGCACAAGCGCCUUCCGGUGGCGAGGAGGCUCCCAAGUAUGGCAACGUCCCUCCGCCAGUGAGCCUCGACAACUCACGUGGUGGUCGCGGCCGCGGCCGAGGUGGCAGGGGACGAAAUGGUCCCCCCCGGGGCCGCGGCGGCAAUGGGAGAGGAGGUAGUGUGGCCCAAGGUUAGUGAGGGAGAGGCGUGUGGUAGCUCGUGGUUGCUAUGUACGGAAGUAGGGACAGUGGCGUAUGAUGGCUUAUAUGCACACAGAGAUUUCUCGAAACGAUGGCUUGUCGAGGGUAUUGCACGACUACGAUGAGUAUGUACCAUAGACAGAGCUGGAUACCCACGUAAGCCCUAUCGGCCGGCCACAAUACGGGGCAAUACCUCUUCAGGCCGUGAUAAAACGUCAUGUCAUUGGAAAAACUUGAGUGCAUCUUUUCAGCCAG